CGUAGUACUAAAUAGAAACCACCCUUCCUUUUGUCGUCGGACUUCCCUAAAUUUGCUCAGGUCAGAAAGUUCUAAACAGGCCACCGUCGUCGUUAUUGAUUUACCGAUCAAACUUUGCUGAAUUCCCGAUUAGAUCUUUCUUCGAAGGUUCGACUUGACAUUGUUCGGGUUCCUCCUGCUUGGGGGGGCAUCAAUUGAUGGGUCGCUCUCGUCGCAACUUCCACAAUUUCGAAGACCCUACCCUUAGAACGAGGAAAAAGAAAAACGCAGCUAAUGUGGACACCUUUGAGCCUUCAUCUAUCGUUCAAGGUACGGAGGGAGGAGGGAAGUACAACUGCGAUUACUGUCAGAAAGACAUCACUGGCAAGAUCAGGAUCAAAUGUGCUGUCUGUCCUGAUUUCGAUCUCUGUGUUGAAUGUAUGUCUGUUGGUGCUGAGAUCACUCCUCACAAACGUGAUCACGCCUACCGUGUUAUGGGAAAUCUAACUUUCCCGCUUAUUUGUCCGGACUGGAGUGCUGAUGAUGAAAUGCUUCUCUUGGAGGGACUUGAGAUUUAUGGGAUGGGAAACUGGGCUGAGGUCGCGGAGCAUGUGGGAACCAAGAGAAAACAACAGUGUCUCGACCACUACAGAAACAUUUACUUGGACUCCCCCUUUUUCCCACUUCCUGAUAUGUCACAUGUAGCAGGGAAGAGCAAAAAAGAACUUCAAGCCAUGGCUUCUUCUUUGACUGUAGAGCAGCACAUGAAAGAAGAGUACCCGUUUUCUCCUCCUAAAGUCAAAGUUGAAGACACACAAAAAGAGUCUCAUACAGACAGGGGCUUUGGAGGAAAGAAACCUGUUACCCCGGGAAACAACUCUUUGGUUGAACUGAGUAGUUACAACCACAAAAGAGAAGAGUUCGACCCUGAAUAUGACAAUGAUGCUGAGCAGCUCUUGGCUGAGAUGGAGUUCAAACAGAACGAUACUCCUGAAGAGAAAAAGCUGAAGCUGCGUGUCUUGCGUAUCUUUUCGAAAAGGCUUGAUGAGAGGAAACGUAGAAAGGAGUUCAUACUUGAAAGAAACCUCUUGUACCCAAAUCCCUUCGAGAAGGAGCUGUCUCAGGAGGAGAAAGAGCAGUGUCGGCGUUUAGACGUUUUCAUGCGCUUUCAUUCAAAAGAAGAGCAUCAAGAGCUACUUAAUAGUGUUGUCAGCGAGUACCGCAUGGUGAAACGGCUCAAAGAUCUCAAGGAAGCUCAAAUGGCAGGGUGUCGUUCGACGGCUGAAGCAGAGAGGUAUCUGGGGAGGAAGAGGAAGCGAGAGAGCGAAGAAGGGAUGAACAGAGGGAAAGAGAGCAGUCCUGUGCAAGCAUCUUCAAGCUAUGUGAACGACUUGGACAUGAUUGGGUUCAACGAGUCGCAACUGCUGUCUGAAUCCGAGAAGCGUCUUUGCAGCGAGGUCAAGUUGGUUCCACCGGUUUAUCUACAGAUGCAGCAAGUGAUGUCACAUGAGAUAUUCAAAGGGAAUGUUACAAAGAAGUCAGAUGCUUAUAGCCUUUUCAAGAUUGAUCCGACCAAAGUAGACAGAGUUUAUGAUAUGCUUGUGAAGAAGGGGAUUGCUCAGCUUUAAGGCUUGUCUUGUAUAAUGUAUGUGUGAGCUCUAUUGAUUUAUGUGUAAUAAUAUGUAGUUUAUAAUAAAAUAAAAAAAUGAUUUAUCCGCAAA